AUGCUCCCGCUCCUCACACCGAAGCGCGCGACCACCUCGCCGCCGCCGCCGCCGCCCAACUACGGCGUCUACCUCGUCACCGACUCGACGCCCGCCAUCCUCGGCAGCCGGGACCUCGUCGCCGUCGUCGAGGCGGCGCUCCGGGGCGGUGUCACGUGCGUGCAGUACCGGGACAAGCACGGCGCUCCGGCGGCCGUCGUGGCGACGGCGCGGCGCCUGCACGCGCUCACGCAGCGCUACGGCGUGCCGCUGCUCAUCAACGACCGCGUCGACGUCGCCGUCCAGGUCGGCUGCGAGGGCGUCCAUAUUGGCCAGGACGACAUGGAUGUGCACCAGGCUCGUACACUCCUCGGAAGUGGCAAGAUUGUGGGCGUCACUGCCAGCAACGUCGACGAAGCCAUCAAAGCGUGCCAAGACGGCGCCGACUAUCUCGGCAUCGGCACCGUCUACUCUACCGCCACUAAAAAAGACACAAAGUCCAUCAUCGGACCUUCGGGCGUGCGCGCCAUUCUCAAAGCCAUGGCGGCCGGCGGCUACGGCGCCGUGCCCACCGUCUGCAUCGGGGGCGUCCACACCGACAACGCGGCCGCAGUCCUCGCGCAGUCGAGCGCCGCGCCGGCCAAGUCCCUCUCGGGCGUCGCCGUCGUCAGCGCCAUCAUCGCCGCCGAGGACCCCGCCGAGGCGGCCCGGCAACUUGCCGGGCACGUGGCCGUGGCCGCGAUCCCGCUCGUUGUCGGCGCCGUGGGGCGCGCGACGCCGCUCUCCCACAACAUGACGAAUCUUGUUGUGCAAAACUUUGCCGCCAACGUGGCCCUCGCCGUCGGCGCCAGCCCCAUCAUGUCCAACUACGCCGCCGAGGCCGGCGACCUCGCCAAGCUGGGCGGCGCCUUGGUCGUCAACAUGGGCACCGUGACGCCCGAAGGUCUCGCCAACUACAAGCAGGCCAUCCAGGCCUACAACGACGCAGACCGUCCCAUCAUCCUGGACCCCGUCGGCGCCGGCGCCACGGCCAUCCGCCGCGCAGCCUCGGCUGAGAUGCUCGCCGUCGGGCGCUUCGCCGUCAUCAAGGGCAACGUGGCGGAGCUGCAGACGCUUCUGGGGCAGGCAGUCACGCAGCGGGGCGUGGACUCGACGGCCGAGGUGGACGUGGCGUCGCGCGCGCGCGCCAUGGUCGCCGCGUGGCCCGCCGACGCGCUGCUCGCCGCCGUGGCCGCCGCCGCCGUCUUCGGCAUCGCCGCGCAGUACGCCGUCGACAGGGACGACGUGCGCGGGCCCGGCACGUUUGUGCCCGCGUUCCUCGACGAGCUCCACGCCAUCACCAGGGCCACGGCCGAGGGCGACCUGCGCUGGCUGGUGCGCGCGAGGGUGCAGGGCGUGCUGGUGGAACAAGACGACGAGGCAUGA